CGGCUGUUGCCAUGCGGCGGGGCUAGGGAGGACGUCACUCCCCCGGGGUGUAAUGAUGUUAACAGAGGCCAGUCUAUCCAUAUGGGGAUGGGGAAGCCUUGGCGUUGUCCUUUUUCUAAUAACCUUUGGACCCUUUGUAAUAUUUUAUUUGGCAUUUUAUAUCCUCUGCUUUGUGGGAGGGGGUUUAGUGGUUACUCUCCUUUAUGGGAAAACAAACUCAGAAAAAUACCUAGAACAGUGUGAACACUCAUUUCUUCCUCCAACAUCAUCUGGGGUUCCUAAGUGCUUAGAAGAAAUGAAACGAGAAGCCAGGACUAUUAAGAUUGACAGAAGAUUGACAGGUGCCAAUAUAAUUGAUGAGCCUCUCCAGCAAGUUAUCCAGUUUUCCUUGAGGGAUUAUGUCCAGUACUGGUAUUAUACAUUAAGCGAUGAUGAAUCAUUUCUUCUUGAAAUUAGGCAGACUCUUCAAAAUGCACUCAUUCAGUUUGCUACUAGGUCAAAAGAAAUAGACUGGCAGCCUUAUUUUACCACACGCAUUGUAGAUGAUUUUGGCACUCACCUGCGAGUAUUCAGAAAGGCCCAACAGAGAGGAACAGAGAAAGAUGAUCAAGUGAAAGGUACAGCAGAGGAUCUGGUAGAAACCUUUUUUGAAGUUGAAGUUGAAAUGGAGAAGGACGUUUGCCGGGAUCUAGUGUGCACUUCUCCCAAAGAUGAAGAAGGAUUCCUAAGGGAUUUGUGUGAGGUUUUAUUAUAUUUAUUGCUACCUCCUGGAGAUUUCCAGAACAAGAUCAUGCGAUACUUUGUCAGGGAAAUCCUUGCACGAGGAAUUCUUCUUCCAUUAAUAAAUCAACUCAGUGAUCCUGAUUAUAUUAAUCAAUACGUCAUAUGGAUGAUCCGUGAUUCAAAUUGCAACUAUGAGGCCUUUAUGAACAUUAUUAAAUUAAGUGACAAUGUUGGUGAAUUAGAAGCAGUCAGAGAUAAGGCAGCAGAAGAGCUGCAGUACCUGAGGUCUUUAGACACAGCUGGUGAUGAUAUUAACACUAUCAAAAAUCAAAUAAAUAGUUUAUUAUUUGUAAAGAAAGUAUGUGACUCAAGAAUACAGCGAUUACAGUCAGGCAAAGAAAUAAAUACCAUGAGGCUAGCAGCAAACUUUGGGAAACUUUGUACAGUCCCCUUGGACAACAUUCUUGUUGACAAUGUUGCACUACAGUUCUUUAUGGAUUACAUGCAGCAAACUGGAGGGCAAGCUCAUCUCUUCUUUUGGAUGACAGUGGAAGGAUACCGGGUUACAGCUCAGCAGCAGCUCGAGGUUUUGUCAAGUCGUCAGAGAGAUGGAAAACAUCAGACCAACCAAACCAAAGGUCUUUUAAGAGCAGCUGCUGUUGGAAUUUAUGAACAGUAUUUGUCUGAAAAGGCAUCUCCAAGAGUUAUUGUUGAUGACUAUUUAGUAGCAAAAUUAGCAGAUACUUUGAAUCAUGAAGAUCCAACUCCAGAAAUCUUUGAUGACAUUCAAAGAAAGGUAUAUGAAUUAAUGCUACGGGAUGAAAGAUUUUAUCCUUCCUUCAGGCAGAAUGCACUGUAUGUGCGGAUGCUAGCUGAGCUUGACAUGUUAAAAGAUCCUAGUUUCAGAGGGUCUGAUGAUGGGGAUGGAGAAUCUUUUAAUGGAUCUCCUACAGGAAGCAUAAAUUUGUCUUUAGAUGACCUUUCAACUAUGUCUUCUGAUGAUCCUGUACAACUUCAUGCCUACAUUUCAGACACAGUCUAUGCUGACUAUGACCCAUAUGCUGUGGCAGGCGUUUGUAAUGACCACGGCAAGACAUACGCGCUCUACGCCAUCACUGUACACCGGCGCAGCCUGAACACUGAGGAGAUGUGGAAAACCUAUCGGCGCUAUAGUGACUUCCAUGACUUCCACAUGAGGAUCACUGAGCAGUUUGAAAAUCUGUCAAGCAUAUUGAAGCUUCCCGGUAAAAAGACUUUUAACAAUAUGGAUAGAGAUUUUUUAGAAAAGAGAAAAAAGGAUUUAAAUGCCUAUUUGCAGUUACUCUUAGCUCCCGAAAUGAUGAAAGCAUCCCCGGCAUUGGCUCAUUGUGUGUAUGAUUUCCUUGAGAACAAAGCCUACAGUAAAGGGAAAGGUGAUUUCGCUCGCAAGAUGGACACUUUUGUAAAUCCACUUCGCAACUCUAUGAGGAAUGUUUCAAAUGCAGUCAAAUCCCUUCCUGAUAGCCUGGCAGAAGGAGUCACAAAAAUGUCUGACAACGUUGGCAGAAUGUCCGAGAGGUUAGGUCAAGACAUAAAGCAGUCAUUUUUUAAGGUGCCUCCUCUAAUUACAAAGACUGAUUCAGAUCCUGAACAUUGUCGAGUCUCAGCUCAGCUUGAUGAUAACGUGGAUGACAAUAUUCCGCUUAGGGUGAUGCUUCUUCUGAUGGAUGAGGUAUUCGACUUGAAGGAGAGAAACCAGUGGUUGCGAAGAAACAUCAAGAAUUUACUCCAGCAACUCAUUCGAGCUACCUAUGGGGACACUAUUAACAGAAAAAUAGUUGACCAUGUUGACUGGAUGACCUCACCUGAGCAGGUAGCUGACUCAGUGAAGCGGUUCAGGGAUGCAUUUUGGCCCAAUGGCAUUUUAGCAGAGACUGUUCCAUGCAGAGAUAAAGCUAUUCGGAUGAGAACAAGAAUUGCAGGAAAAACAAAGUUAUUUGCAAUUAUGCCAGACGAACUGAAGCACAUUAUUGGAGCUGAGACAACACGGAAAGGUAUUCUUCGUGUUUUUGAAAUGUUUCAGCACAACCAGUUAAAUAGAAGAAUGGUGUAUGUCUUCUUGGAAGGCUUUUUAGAAACCUUAUUUCCACAGUAUAAAUUUCGGGAACUUUUCAACAAACUUCAUUCAAGGUCAAAGCAGAUGCAGAAAUAUAAACAAAAACUUCAAAGUACUCAAGCGCCUUCUUUACAAAAAAGGUGACACUCCAACCUGUGAAGCUGCUGUUCGUUUUGUCAGACUAGUGGAGUGGACAGAUCUUCUGGGCCGUAACUCAUAUACUGUUGUGUCUACACCAGUCUUUCAGUGUCAGAAGAGAUUACUACAUCCAUAUGACUGGUUCUUCUCCUUCUCGUCUGUAAUCCAGCCACUACCAAGACAGGUUCCUGUGUCUUACGUGAUUGCGGCAUAACGUGCAACACUGAGAGGAUACUACUCCAUCUCAUUCAGGGACGGAGUUGGUCUCUUGUGUUCCAAACUAAUCAGCAUUCUCCACCAGUAACAAAGUGCCAGAGUGUGUGUAUGAGAGCUGUGGGAAGCACAAAACAAUGAUUCAUACGUAACUUAACUAAUUAGCUUAAUAGCUGCAGACUGCAGUGUGUGAUUGGGAGAGAUUUGUUUCACUCAGUGAUCUCCUGGGUUGUUGUCAGCAUUUUGCUAUCAUGUGGGUUGGCAGGAGUGAUCUUCAGAACGAUUGUUCCAAGGCCUGGGGAAAGUUACAGAAUGCCCUUACUUUAGGAAAUGACCCUUCCCCAAAUGACAGUCUUGUGGUAUAAAGGAAAUCACCAUAAAAUAAGCCAAUCAGAACCAGAAUUUGAUUGGAUUUAUUAUUCAUUGAUAAAAAUUUGUAUUGAUUUUUGUGUGCUUUAAGGGCUCCGCUCUGCUCUUAUGGUACUACUCUCCACUUCCCUAUGGCAUUCUGUGCAGAAGAAGCAUGUGGUAGCUCUUAUAAGUUCAUUUUUUUAAUCUUUUAACAGAUUACUGAUUAUAUAGAAGGGGAAUUAUUUAUUGUAAGAACUGCCAAAUACAUUCUGUUCUUCUAAAAAUUGGAAAUUAAAACAGUACUCUAUUAAAAGUUACCAUAUGAUAACUUUAAAUCGUAUGAUCUAGACAUGCCUUAGGUAACUGUCGACAUAGCAAAUCAAAGGGUCAAUGAGCUUAUAGCCCUGUGUAAACAUACAAAUGCCUAAUUCUCCUGUGUGUACAUAUAUGAAAAUAAAUAAUGAAAACAGAACUGUACUAUUUUUUAAAAUAUGCUUUUAUUUAUAUUUCACAUAAUGUAAAAUUCUAAAUAAAGCUAGUACACAAAACCCUUUGGUGUAUACAUUUAACUCCCUAAUAUUUUAUAUCAGUGAAGCAAAAUACCUUUUCCAGUUUUGAAGCCUUUGCAUUUCCUAGUGUUCCCUUCAUUUUGUCCAUUAGGAAGUCUUCAUAUCUCAUAUAUGCAGGAUUUCUGUACUUUUAAAUACUUCCCAUGACUAAGGGUUGGGAUAUAUCGGCUCUUUUUGUCUUCAAAACAUUUAACACUAAAACCUUAAAAUGGUGAAGCUACUUUUCAGCACUGAGUCAGUGUCCUAGUGUUAAAGAAUUGGGUGCUUCCAGGUCUCGAUAUCCUAGUUAUUCGGGAGCUUUAAGAUUGAAGCAAGGUACUGUGUCUUGCCUUCACUUGGAUCCUUUUACCCUGUGAAGCCUUCCGCAAAGCUUGGUGAUGUCUAUCAAUGCUGCUGUGCAUAUUUUGUAUGCAUAUAUUCAGCAUGUGUUGCAUGUCUUUCAGAAGGAAAACCCUUUUUUUUUUUUCCGCAACUUGCAAGUGAGAAAAAGAUUCUGUUUCUCUGGUAGGAGAAAUGUUUCUUGUACUCGUCAUAUGCUCCUGCCCCUCCCCUGACCUGCCAGCCCCUUCCUUGGCCUCAGGCUUAAAAUUGGGUAUGUCAAGUCUACAGGAAGUGUCAGCCUGGCCACAAGUGCAAUAAUUUCAUACAUGCCCUCCCAUUUCAAUUAUAUUUUUACAUGAAUAAAUCUAAGUCUAUACAGAAGGAUUCAUGCAAGAGCCUAGUGUGUACAUGUGAAAAAGCAUUUCUAUAUAAAGUGAGAAAACUGUCAACCAGGGGAAAAAGAGGUCAUAUAAAAUGCAAAUUCUUCCAACAGCCCUGCAAGACAACUACAGUCAUACCAAAACAAACAAAGAGCAAAAACAAAACUAUUUGAGUAAAUAGUUUUUUAAAGUAACUUUUGUUGAGAAGAGAGUUUAUAUUUGCAGAGCAGAACUGUCGAAUGGUCGCGUGUAUUUACGCCUCUGUGUUUUACAGCGGAGAGUAUGGUCGAGCUACAGCUGCAGCCUAACCGUGGCUUGGACCAGCUGUGUAGAGUGUGUAAGCCGGAAGCAAAGUACAGUGUACUAUGUUUUAUAACGUUAUUUUAUUUUGUGCAUCUGUUGCAUUUAUGAACAUCUACACGGAGAGGCUUUAUGUCUGCUGAGGUUCAGUUUCUGAAUGCUUUUAAGUCAGCCGUGCCUUCAGGCAGGAACCUUCCAAAUUAAUCAUUCUUUUGGGUUUUGUGAUUUUUUUUUUCAGGUAGUGUAUAACUACAUAGAGACCAUCCCAUCUCGUUCACCUGAAAUUUGAUCAUAGGACUUAAGCGGAGCACGUAGAUGAGCGUUUCCCGCAAUUAAGGUGUUCCGUGUAGUUGCUGGAAACAGUUGUGCCAUGGAGCAGUGGACGCACUUUGUUAGCCUUAAUUUAAAACAAAAACUUUCUUCAGUAUAUCAGUUUCAUCACUGUAAGUUUGUGCUGCAGGUGUUUGGGGGGAAAAAAAGUCGCACAGUUAAGUGUAAUGAAAGUGUACCAUUUUUUAAAUUAACAUAAAUUUCACAAUCUGCGGUUUUAAUUUUGUGCAAUAUUUUUAUUUAAUGCAUGUUUCCUUGAGUAAUUGUAAAAUAAGUACAUUUUUUAAUGUUUUGAGAUAUAGUUUAACUGUCUUCUUAAUCCAACAACUUCAUUCCGUUGUUGCUGCACCUUAAUUAAGGACUUGUUUUAAAAGUCUUUUUGUCACUUGUAAAAUUCUUUUAUUAGAAAAUUUUGCUUAUGGGAGCAUGGCUCCUGUAUUAUAAGGGAAAACUAAAGAGCACAUUUUAGGAUUUUAAUUGUUAAAAAAAUUACCUUGUGCAUAUCAUUGUACAGUAAGUGUCAGUUGUGCCUAACUGCUCUAUCAGUGCUCCCCUUCCUUAUUAACACAGGGGAAACAAUCAGAAUGUCAGUUAUUUUUCUUAACUAAGAAGAUUAAAAUUUUUAUUUGGUUUGUGUUAUGUUCUGUCUGUUAGAAAAUACUAAUAAAA